GCGGGAGGGGUGGGGCGGACGCGACGUGUUUAUGCGCCGUACAUCGAGUGAAGGCCCAGCGACGACAUGGAGCGGGCGCCGGCGGUUGCUUGCAGCCUCUCGAUCUGAAGGUGCCUGGCAGUGGGCAUGGAAAAGUGCGAGGCCAAGAAACUAGUAUUCCAGUGUGCCAGCAUGUGCUAGAAUAUAGUGAAUUAGCCAACUGUAAUAGGAAACUGGAAGGAUUGUUUUGUAAAUAGCAGGAUAUUCAGCUGUCAGCAGAGGUAGAGCCAUUCAUACCCCAAAAGAAGGGUAUUGAGGCGACUGUUUCUAUGGCACUCCAAAAUGAUGGAAGUGGUUGUGGUGUUGAAGGUCCGCCUAUUCCAAGCUACUUGAUAACCUGCUAUCCUUUUGUUCAAGAAAACCAAGUUAAUAAUAGGCAAUUGCCUGUGUAUAACGGUGAUAUUCGAUGGCCUCAAGCAAAUCCAAGCUCAACGGGAUCAUACUUUGCUUAUCCAAUAUUGCCAACUCCACAACCUCCUGUUUCUACGGAUUAUGCUUACUAUCAGUUCAUGCCUGCACCAUGUACACCAAUGAUGGGGUUUUAUCCUUUUCCAACUCCGUAUGCAGCAUCAUUCCAGCCAACCAGUAUGGUGAAUUCAGUAUCUGAAUGUAGUGAAAGAUCUGUUCCUGCUGGACCUGUCUGCCCAACUACAACUCAAAGAAACAGAGUCAACAGAGGGUCUUUGCCAAAGAUUUUGAGAAUCAGCAAACCUCUGGUUAGAAGUGUGGCUGUUCAGAAGGAAAGCAGCGCCUCCGGUCCUGAAAAUAGAUCAAAAAUUGUUUUGCUGGUUGAUGCCAGCCAGCAGACAGACUUCCCUGGAGAUGUAGCUAAUAAAUCUCUCUCUGAGAGGGCCAGCCCCUUGCUCUGGAAAUCAAAAGUCAGGAGAAGAAGAGCAUCUCACCCUGCUGCUGAGUCUUCAAGUGAGCAAGGAGCUAGUGAAGCUGAUAUUGACAGUGAUAGUGGCUAUUGCAGUCCCAAGCACAGUCACAGUCAGACUACAACAGCUAUAACUCGGAAUAUAGAAGGCAGCAACGUUAAAGCAGAGGAUUCAACAGGGAUCACAGGAAGCCCCAGCUGGGCAAGUAUAGCUUCCCAAGCACCACAGCGGUUUGGCAUGGAGAGAUUCCAGACCAUUUCUUGCAGAAGUGGAAGACCAGCAGAUCCUCGAAACACACAGGAUUGCUUCAGAGGAAGGGUGCAGGAUUUGUCAUCAGAGAGAACACCAACCCAUCAGAAGAAUCGCGAUUGGACUGCCAGACAGUCUCCUGAAACACUGCAGUUUGCCAGUAGGCAAAAGACCGGAGCUGAUCAAAAUCCUGACUCAAUAUAUUUUAAGGAUGACAGUGAGUUUCCAGAGUUGAUUAGUGGAGCUGGGGUUUCUAAAGGCAAAACUGUUGGCCUUGAUAAUGCUCAGAAUAAAAGCUCUUCCGUUUGUCAACUCACUAAAAAGCCAUUGGGGUUGGGUGAUCUCCCAGAAACUUCUCCAAUCAAUAUAGUGCAGACACCAAUUCCAAUAACUACAGCUAUUCCAAAACGUGCUAAAAGUCAAAGGAAAAAAGCAUUGGCUGCAGCACUUGCCACUGCUCGGGAGUAUUCAGAGAUUAGCAUGGAGCAAAAAAAACUCCAGGAGGCUCUGAAUAAGGCAGCAGGGAGGAAGAGUAAAGCUCCUGUGCAACUGGAUCUUGGUGACAUGUUAGCUGCACUAGAGAAACAGCAACAAGCCAUGAAAGCAAGGCAAAUGACUAAUACAAAACCACUGACAUACUCCGUUGGUACAACAGCACUUCUUUCUGUCAAAGAUUGUGGAAGCAUGAAAAACUUACCUAAUCAGCAAUUUAUCGGAUUUCAUAAUCCAUUGGAUUCUGGUGCCCCAAGGAUAAAAAGAGGAAAGGAAAGGGAGAUUCCAAAAACAAAACGUCCAACUGCUCUUAAAAAGAUUAUAUUGAAGGAAAGAGAGGAGAAGAAAAACAGAUUUUCGAUAGAGCCAACAAUUGUGGGGUCAGAGGAACAAGGUGAUGUGCAGCUAAGUUUUCAGGAGGAACCAAAAUUAACACAGGAAGUGGUUUCUCAAGAAGAUAUUGGAUUGAGUGUUACCAGUGAUACAUCUCUGUCUCCUGCAAGCCAGAAUUCUCCGUACAGUAUGACACCAGUUUCACAAGGCUCCCCAGUCAGUUCUGGAGUUGGCAGUCCAAUGGCGUCUUCAACAAUCACAAAAAUUCAUAGUAGGCGCUUUAGAGAAUAUUGUAAUCAAGUGCUCAGUAAAGAUAUCGACGAAUGUGUGACUUUGCUACUGCAAGAACUUGUUCGCUUUCAAGAACGUGUUUACCAGAAAGAUCCAAUCAAAGCUAAAAUGAAGAGAAGACUUGUCAUGGGUCUACGAGAAGUAACCAAGCACAUGAAACUAAAAAAGAUUAAGUGUGUAAUCAUCUCUCCAAAUUGUGAGAAAAUUCAGUCCAAAGGUGGACUGGAUGAAGCUUUAUACAAUGUGAUCGCUAUGGCACGGGAGCAGGAAAUUCCUUUUGUCUUUGCUCUUGGACGUAAAGCUCUUGGUCGUUGCGUGAAUAAACUUGUUCCUGUUAGUGUUGUGGGGAUUUUCAACUACAGUGGUGCUGAGAAUUUGUUUAAUAAACUGGUGGCAUUAACAGAGGAGGCCCGUAAAGCUUACCGUGAUAUGGUAACAGCCUUGGAGCAGGAACAAGCUGAGGAGGCACUGAAACACACCAGGAAAGUUCCACACAUGGGCCAUUCUCGCAACCCUUCUGCAGCGAGUGCCAUUUCAUUUUGUAGUGUGAUAUCUGAGCCUAUUUCUGAAGUAAACGAGAAGGAAUAUGAAACAAACUGGCGGAACAUGGUGGAAGCUACUGAUGCAGCUGAUGGUUCUGAGAUAGAGAAAACCAUACCCAGUGCGACUAUCGUCCUGCAGAAGUCUACAGGUUUUCCAGCAGUCUCACACAAUUUUAACAAAAUUGUCUUGGGAACAACAAGCACUUCCUCUAUGGGUCAGACAUCUCAUCCAACAAAGCCCACUGGUUCAGACAAGGAAGAUGGAAAAGCUGAUGAUAUGUUAGAGUGGGCCUCUCAGCAAAGUACUGAGACUGGAUCACUUGAUGGCAGCUGCAGGGAUGUUCUUAAUUCCUCCAUGAUUAGCACUACUAGUACUCUUGUACCAGACAUGCUUGAGGAGGAGGGAGAUGAUGAUGAAGAGGAGGAGGAGGAGGAGGAGGAAGAUGAUGAUAUCCCUGAACCUGUUGCUAUGGUGGUAACACUUAGCAGUAGAAUUGAUGAUUGGGUAUCAGAAGCACAGAAAACACUGGAAACUUUGCAGCUUAGCAAAAAUAUUGAUGGUACAGAGGAAGAUCACAGUGGGCAAUGUGAUGCAGAAGAACACGAAAUGGUGGAGCAAGCAGAUGCGAUUGCCGAGAGUGAGGGCUCUCAACCUAGAGAAACAGAGAGAGACACCUAAUAAUUGCAGCCCCAGACCAGCAGAUUGGUGUGGAACACGAUUAUUUUCUGGUAAACUCAUGAGAUUACAAAAAUACACAAGCAAAUGUAACUGUUAAAAGUAUUUUAAUCCCAUUAAUGGUAAUGCUUUGUUUAAAAAGGGUUCAAAUGUAGUGGAAAGUACAAAUUUAUUUCUAACAGUAAGAAUAUGAAGUGCAAAUUUAGAAACCAAAGGCAUUAGCCAUAAAGUACUUAAAAUUAUUCUUCAAUAUUUGGCAUGUUCUGUUGGAUUUGUUUCUCCUUUGGACUUGGCAAAUAUAUAUUUAUUCCACCUACCAACUUACCAUUGUUGGCACUUAAUUGGAUAAAAUUAUAAAGAUUAAUGCCUAACUGUAAUUUUUUUGAGCAAUCAUUGAGUCGAUCUGAGUUACUGUAAACAAAAUGUCACUGAUCUCAGGAACAUGUAUAGGAACAACUAGUAAAGUCUGCUGUUUAUAACUUAACUCAAUUUCACUUCUUGUACAGAUAGAUCAUAAAGUCACAUAUUGAAAAAUUCUGUCUUUUCAAAAUCUGUCCACAAUUGACCCUAACCUCAGUGUCUUUGUCAAAUGUAAAAUGUUUUUCUAGAUGGUUUGUGAAAGUUUUUUUCUGAAUCUUUGGAGAAAAUGUAAAAUAUGUUGAUGGGAGGAAAAAGCCAGCAGUUUUGUUUACAAGAAAUCCAGUCUCUUGAGUGACAGUAGUUUUAUAUCAGAAGAUAAUUUGACUGAUAUUUUUUAAUUCUACACAACUUGAACAGCAAAAUGGUGAUGUUUCUAAGAUAUACUCAUUGCGCAACUGUGACUUGUGAUCGUUAGUGUGCAAUAUGUGGCACCUAAUUGAUGGAUGCAUGUAACCAUAGCUCUCCAUAAUGAAAUUAAUGUUACUUGUAUUUUUUAAAGCAUUUCUUGGACCUAAUAUGAAUUUGCUUAUAUCAGCAUUGUAUAAUUGAAUUCAGGGAAAGUUGAUAAAAUGGGUGUUAUACAGCUCUUUAUUAGCCUUUUCUAUAUGGAUAUUACUUUGCUGUCAUCCAAAACGUUUUGGACUGGAAUCUGGAAAAUAAUAUGACAGCUGGCCUUGUGUGUGCAUGGGAUAUACUAGAAAAUAGUUCAUUUUAAUUGACAGUAACAGGUGAAAUUUUGUUACCUUGUACAACACAUUUACACAACAUCAAGUGUACAGUAGCUGUACUGUCUUAAUUAUGGUUCCUUUAUGUAGCAUCAGGCUUGCAAUUCUGGAUUGCUUGAUAGAUAUUUUUAAAAUAUCAGUUUUGACUACUUGCAUAGUUAUAAACUUGCACUGUUGCUUACAGCAGUAAAUUAUACCUUCAAUGCAGCUUCUUCAUGGUAAUAAAGGCAAUGGGAUUCUUUUGUAUAUUUUUAACAGUUGUAAAUUGGUCCAAUGUUCAAAGGUAACAUAGACAGAUCCACCUAAACGUAAAUGUGUUCAUCAGCUGCACUUGAUAAUGCAAAUUAGACCUGUAUCCUUUUAAUUGCAUCGUGAUUGUGAUGGAAAAUCUGUUUUGUGCUAUAUUGGUUGCAGGAGUUGCAGGUUUACGUCAUAAAAUACACACAAAUAUAUAGGGGCAAAGUUGUUUAAAUAUGUCAUAAAAAAUAUUUAAAGAUCAGACCUUCAGCUCUAUCUGUACACUGACAAAGUAAACCUUUUAAUUGUAAGUCUAAGUGUAAAGAAAUUAAAUUAUGUUCACAUUUAUUGCUCUUAAAUUGAAGCUUCAGGAUUUAUGUCAUGCACAUCAACUAAAUGCAAGUUUUCUUUAAUGACAGGUGGUGUCUAAAAGUGUUUUCCUUUGACAGAAUGUGCAUUUAAACUAAAACUUGCACAUUUGAACAAACUUUUAUAGUGGCUUAUAGAAACCAAAUUAAGUGGAAGAAUGCAUCUCAUUCAAAAUGGUACAGGACUUUGACAGGAGAAUUUUUCACCUACUCUCAUAUGCAAAAACUUAAAAUACUUUCACAAUUAAAACUUCGUUGCUUCAUGGAAAUGAUGGAAGAACACUGCUGGUGUAUGGUGAUGUUAUACAAUAUUUAAUAUUCCACAGUAAUGCAUUAUUUUGAUGUUCAGAAGUUGGUACUUCCUUGUGGCACCAGUAGGUUGUGCACAACUUGAUCUAUAUGGCAACAGCUGGUGCUAAAAAAAACCUUUCAGAAAAUAUUUUUUAAUCUUUAUAGAGUUCACAUACUUAUCUUUUUUGUUUCAUAAUUAAUUCCAUUUGUAAAUUUUUACCCAAAAUAGAACUAUUCAUAUACAGAACAAUGGCAACUUUCAAAUAAUCUUUAGUAUUUAAUUCAUGAUAAAAAAUAAUAUAUUAUGCAAAAUGACUUUCAAAAAUUGUUAUCUUAGUUUAUAAUUUAACACUUUUCUAUUGUAAGCAGGUGUCUUGAGCGGGUUUAGGUUCAACUUUGUAUUGAUACAUAAACAAAGAUGGUCCAUCAAGUUGGUGGUAAAAAGCUAACAUAAUACUCAUUGUAUUUCAGGCUGUAUUGUACUAAUAGUGUGGAUAGCUUUGUGAUUGUUGCUGUUAUCACUUAAUAGGAACCAGUUUCUUUUUCAUGUACAUUGAUCUUGUUUUGAAUAGCAGAGGAUUGAGACAUGUAUGUUUCUGUUUGGUCAAAUUCCUGGGACAGCUAACUUCUAGCACUCCGUACUACAUGAAAUCCAAAUGUGUCCAACUGUGCAAAGUGACCUGAUCCUUGAUUUAUACAGAAUGAAAAUCGUAAUGUUUGUCUGAUCUAUGCUAUAGGCUAAAUUGUACAUUUGUAUUUUCUCCAAGAGGCUCUCAAAACGGACUGUUAAUAUUCUUUAAUGUGCCUCUUGCUAUAGGUUAGUUUGAUUUAUAUUUUAUUGUUUUCAUUUGGAAUCGAAUUCAAAAUUGGCAGAUGCAGAAGUUUGAUAAUUGGUGAUAUGAAGGAUGAUAUGCAUUUUUGCUUGUGUGACCAGCAUUUGUCAUUUCAUUUAAUGUACAUAAUUCCAUAAUUAACAAGUUAUACUUGCACUAUGUAAAUAUCAGAAUUUUUCCUUCUGUAUCUAAUAA